UUUGUCUGGCUUCUGUGGAGGUGAACAACAUGAACCUUUUAAUAAAAAGGUCGAAGCUCAUGAUGAGAACCGGCAGAGGGAUGUGAAGGAUUCCUGCUCUUGGAGCCCCACACCGACAAGAUUAUGAAGAUUUGAUAUUUCUGCAGGGAAACACGGAGCUACAUAUUGAAAUCCAGGAUUAGUUGCCUUUUCAUUUCCUCUCCUCGGCCGGGCCUCGACCAUGAGGCUAGAGCGCGGCCGGCGGGCUUCUCUGGCACUCACCCUCAAUUUUUUGGCGUUUGCUUUUGCCCUGUCAGCGGUGACCACCAGCUACUGGUGUGAGGGGACCAGGAAGGUGCCCAAACCGUUCUGCACAGGGCCGCCAAUGAAGGUGAAGCAGUGGUUCUGCAUUCGCUUCAACAGCUCCAACAUCAACGAUAGCCGCCUGGUGCAGUACAUCUUUGAGACAGGAGAGGAGAAGUUCCUCAUGAGGAAGUUUCACACAGGGAUCUUUUUCUCCUGUGAGCAGGCCGCCGACAUGAACGGCUUUGACUGUCGAGAUUUCUCAGAGAUUGCACCUGAACAUGAACGAGGUGUGCUGUGGUUGUGUAUUGUGGCAGAGAGCCUGUACCUCACUCUCCUGUUCGCAGGGGGCGCUCUGAUGGCGUUGGAGCAGUGUCCCUGUUUCAGCAUAAUGAACAAACUGAAGCUCAGUGCCUUUGCCGCCCUGUGCACUGCCCUGUCAGGCCUUUGUGGGAUGGUGGCCCACAUGAUGUUCACCACCAUCUUCCAGCUGGCUGUAGCUAUGGGACCAGAGGACUGGAGGCCAAAAACCUGGGACUACAGCUGGUCUUAUGCCCUGGCGUGGGGCUCUUUUGGCACGUGUAUGGGUUCUGCAGUGACGGCGCUCAACAGGUACACAAAGACCAUCAUAGAGUUUAAAUACAAGCGGAGAAACAUCGAGAAGAAUCUGAUGAUCAAGCAGAAGAUGAUAGAGCUUGACCUUCCCGAGCAGGUGUGGGACAUGUACUUGACCUCCGACCCCGCCGACACCCCGGACCCGGAGGCUCAGCUCGACCCCCAGCUCAAUGGACACAAACCAGCCAACGGGACAACAUAUGAGGUGGAGCAGGAAGACAGCGCAGAGACACAGGGGGAGGCGUACUGCUGAAACACGGACUGUCUGUCCUCCUGCACCGGGACAGGGUCAGGGUUUUUCUGGAUCAGGAUCCACUCCACCCCUGGAUUUUAGUUUCUCUAACAGGACAAUACAUGUUUGUUUGAGGAUCAGCACAGAUCAGAUGUGUGUCAGUAAACCCGAAUGAGGAUUGUUUUCUUGGAAAUAAUGUGACAUGGUGUGAGACAACAUGCAUUCAUUUAAUCUGACCAUGCGAUUUUAUCUGUGGGAGGAGAGAGAGAGAGCAGAAUGAUAAAUGUCUUGACAAUGAUCCUCGAGGACGGGCAGGAAAACGAUCACAUUCUUUAUGACUGUUUUUAUUACGUUUUUUUCUAUAUGUUAAGUCUCUUACAAUUUGACUUAUCUGUUUGUCUCUGAGCUGUGGUCAUUUCUCAGCUGGACAAA